AAUGAGGUCUUCUCUGAUGCCUUUGGGGCCCCCUGUGAGCCGGGACCGCAUCAUCACCAACUUUCCUAAGUGGUACACACCUGAUGCCUGCCUGCAGCUCAAGGAGCACUUCCAUGGGCAAGUGAGCGCAGCCUGCCAGCGCAGGAACACCGGGACUGUUGGGCUCAAACUCUCCAAGGUGGUGGUUGUUGGUGACCUCUAUGUGGGAAAGACCAGUCUCAUCCACAGGUUUUGCAAGAAUGUUUUUGACCGAGACUACAAGGCUACCAUUGGGGUAGACUUUGAAAUUGAACGAUUUGAGAUUGCUGGGAUUCCCUACAGCCUCCAGAUCUGGGACACAGCCGGACAGGAGAAGUUCAAGUGCAUUGCAUCUGCCUAUUACCGAGGUGCCCAGGUGAUCAUCACAGCCUUUGACCUCACUGAUGUACAGACUCUGGAGCAUACCAGGCAAUGGCUGGAGGAUGCAUUAAGGGAGAAUGAGGCAGGCUCCUGCUUCAUCUUCCUCGUGGGAACCAAAAAGGACCUUCUGUCAGUAGCAGCAUGUGAACAAACUGAACUGGAGGCUGUGCACCUGGCCAAUGAGAUGCAGGCUGAGUACUGGUCAGUGUCAUCCAAGACUGGAGAGAACGUGAAGGCAUUCUUCAGCCGGGUCGCUGCCUUAGCAUUUGAGCAGUCAGUACUGCAGGAUCUGGAGAAGAGAAAUGGCACUCGGCCCCAGGUUGGCGAUGGAGACCUCAUCCGAAUGGAGGGGAGCCCACUGGAGACCCAGGAGAACAAGAGGCCCUCCAGCCUGAGCUGCUGUUAGCUUGGGCAAGCAUCAGAGGCCUCCACUCCUUGGGUGCAUGGGCAGCAGCUCCUGUGAUGAUGGAGAGGUGACAUGGAGCUUGAACUCUGCAGCAUGUCUCCCCUCUAGGUGUAGAGGGCUUGCAUUCCCAA